AUGGUGUCGUCGAGGAAAUCGAGCAAGGAGAAGCAGCCGAGGAGCGAUGGCGUCAAUAACACCGGUGGUCGGAGUAAACGCAGCUCCGGUGCCAACACGAAGAAGAAGACGCUGAAUAAGGUGAACUCCGGUGGCAAUGUGAAGAAGGAGCCAGAGGUUUACGAGAUCUCGGAAUCUUCGAGCAGCGACUCUGUGGAAGAACCAAGAUGCGAUAUGCCGGAGAAAAGUAACGGCGUCGUCGUGAGCAAGGGACGUAACGGUAAGGGAGUCGCGAUUCCGGCGAAGAGGAGGAAAAAUGGGGAAGAGGACGAUGGCGGUGAUGUAACCGGAGGCGUUGAAGACGCUAAAACGUUUAGGUUUCCGAUGAAUCGGAUUCGACGGAUCAUGAGAACCGAUAAUUCUGCUCCUCAGAUUAUGCAGGACGCUGUUUUUCUUGUCAACAAAGCCACGGAAAUGUUCAUUGAGCGGUUUUCUGAAGAAGCAUAUGAAAGUUCCGUCCUGGACAAAAAGAAAUUCAUCCACUACAAGCACCUCUCAUCUGUAGUGAGUAACGAGGAGCGGUACGAGUUCCUUGCAGAUUGUGUUCCUGAGAAACUAAAAGGAGAGGUCGCGUUGGAGGAAUGGGAAAAAGCCAUGACAGAUGCAGUCUGA